CCGAAUUUGCCCCAACGGCACGGACACAAAUAUUCAAAAUUCCAACUCCCCACAAACAAACCUUUGACAUUGACCCCAAUAAACAACCUUAACUACCAAACCAGAUUUUCUUCUCUCUCUCUCACUUUGACCACAACCUUCUUCUUCUUCCUUUUCUGCCUUUCUAUGGCAAAUGACAGUGCUGCUGUUGUAGUGAUCGACGCCGUUUCAAGGUCAAGGUUCCAUGAAGCCAGUGGGAUUCUUGGACGCCCAAAUGGGCUGGUUUCUUCUUUGAAGAGGAAGAGGCCGCCCAAGAUCGAUAUCCCAAAUGUUUUGCGUGAAAUUCCUGCUGAUAUUUUCAAGGCCCAGCCUGGUGAUGCUGGCGUGUGCUUCUCUGCUUCUGGGGUUGCGGUUUCUGCUGCCAAGGGCAAGAAAAAGUUUAUGGAAGACUCCCACAAGAUCUUACGUUCUUCAAAUGGAACUAAGGAUUUUUUUGGGGUGUAUGAUGGGCAUGGAGGGAGCAAAGCUGCAGAGUUCGUGGCAGAGAAUCUGCAUCUCAAUAUUUUCAAAAUGUUGGAAAGUAAUUGUGGAAAAGAUAAGGAAAAAGCUAUGAUGGAAGGUUAUUUGAAAACUGAUGAGGAGUUCUUGAAACAGUUGCAGGGGUUGAGCAGUGGCGUUUGCUGUGUGACUGCGUUGAUCGAAGGAAACGAGAUGGUAGUUUCAAACUUAGGUGACUGCAGAGCAGUUGUGUGCAGGGAGGGGACUGCAGAGGCCAUCACCAGUGAUCAUAAACCAGAACGAGAGGAUGAGCGAAGAAGAAUAGAAGAUAAAGGUGGAUUUUUGGAGAUUCAUCGCGGAACUUGGAGAGUUCACGGGACACUGGCCGUUUCAAGAAGCAUCGGUGAUGCUCAUUUGAAAGAUUGGGUGACAGCAGAGCCUGAUACCAAGCUUAUACAUUUGACACCUGACAUGGAAUUCCUUGUCCUAGCUUCUGAUGGCCUCUGGGAACAGGUUAGCAAUCAAGAAGCUGUGGAUAUUGUUAAGCAGUCAUCAUGUUCAAGCAGCAAGAAACUCAAGGGAUCUUCUCCAGCAAAGAAUGGGUGCCUAUACCACAGCGCAAGCGUGAGUCCUUCAUCACAAUCACCGCGGCUUCCUUCUCAUAAAUCAAAGAGGAUAUCUCACCACAAAGAUGGAAGAUGCUGUGAAGGCGAAAAAAGCAGCCCUGCACCGAAGACUCAGUUUCUAAACAACGAGAACGAUGUCUUGGGUGAUAAAUCAACUAAUGCUGGCCUUGUUGGUGCCUGCAAGGAGCUUGUCAACCUUGCUGUAGCUAGAGGUAGUCUGGAUGACAUUACAGUGAUGAUCAUUGAUUUGAGUCGUUAUAAAGGAUAGAUAGUAACAAUAGAUCCUAAUGUAGUUCACAGCAUCUCAUUUAAUUUCUUCUUAACAUAUAUGUUCACAGUUGCAUUGCUUUCAUAUUCAACUAGUUUUCACCUUAAAA